CUCGAGCCAACUUCAAGCUAGGAAAGAAAACAACUCCAUUUUGUUUGGCUAAAACUUAGUGGUAUUUUAUUCUCGAUCUCACUGUGAUUUGUGGUUUAUUUUAUAACAAGUGUUGUGUAAUGUUACUAGUGUUUACGCAUUAAAUUACACUUACGAAUUUGUAUGGUGUUUAAAAAAUAAACGUAUCUAACAUUAGUGUUUUAUUUUGUUUUAUUCCGUAGACUUUUAGCUGCCAGACAUGGCGUUAGGGUUAGAAGAACUUUUUAGGUAGAAACGCCAUUGAAGAAGAUUAAUCAUUUUGUAAUUGGGAAAAUGUAACAAUACGAAAGACGAGCCUAGUCGAUAUUUUGGCGUGGACUCCCUAAGUUAUCGGAAUAAAAUGGUUGAAGAAACUGCAGUUGUCGACAUGGAGGAAGUAGAAUCAGAAGACGGAAACUCCGAAAUAGAUCUAGAUUUUGAUUUCAACGAUGACAUAAAAGAGAGUCUUGACAUACUACUUAGCGUGCCAUUGGUAUUUGAGGAUGACAGUAGUGAUGAAGAAGGAGAUACAGUGGAGGAAGCUAGAGCCGAUAAGUCGCGAGGAGACAGUGUGGAAAGACAGUUGGAAGAAUUGUUUGUCGAGGAUAAGGAUGGCCGUGAAGAGAGUGCGAGUAAGGACACGGGUCUUGAGAAUAUUUCUGACAACGAAUUCGAUGGACCAGAGUCGGGGGAAUGUGAUACUUCGGACGGUGAACUCCCUGACAGCCCGAGUAUUGUCGUCACCUUGCCAAGCUCUCAUUCGAUUGACGUGCAAGGGGCUGUGGAUGUGUCACUCGACGAGGAAGACAGUGAUAUAGAACUGUUGGAUGAAUACACAAAUAAAAGCAGGAGUUAUUAUGAUGCAUCUCCUCAUAAAGUCAUGUCCAAGCCUGAACGGGAGGUCAUUAUUGAGUGUAGAAAUGAUCAAGAGAAUAUAAAAUUCAGGGACAAAAAAGAAAAAGGCUCGGGUAAAGCUAAAGCCAGAUAUAAAACCAAAGACAAAAAAGACAAGAACAAAAAGAGAGGCGAAAGCGAAAUAACUGAUGAAGAUACGAAAAGAAAGCUAAAACUCAAAAAGUAUGUCGCAAGAUUGAAUCAGUACAAAGCAAAAUGUUUAGAGUACAUGAAUCAAAUUUCAAAGAAGUGUGAAACUAUUAGAAAAGACGAAAAGAAUAAAAUAAAAUCCGAGAGUAGCAAGAUAAGAGCUCUUAAAGAAGAGGAGUCUAGGCUUAAAUCUAUUGUGGGGAAAAUUCGGAGGGAAAGAGAACUUUCACCGCAAAGUUCAACCUCUUCCAAAUUUGACAAAACCUCGCGUGUUUUAUCAGUAGACGAUUUGUCGAAAAGGAGAUCAGAUUCUACCGACAAAGAACGGAAGUCAAGAUCCGAGAAGAAGUAUAAGAGUAAGUCAAAGGAAUUAAAAGAACACAAAUUAAAGUACCAACAGUAUAUUAAAUACUUGCAGUCUGAGAGAGAAAAAUGUUUUGAAGAAAAGAUGGUUUUCGACAAACACAAGCACAAAUCUAAACGAAAACAUAGAAAAAGUAAAUCGUCCAGUCCUGAAAAAAUGAAAGAAAGAAAAAAGUUUCGUCCUCCUGUUUUGUCUUUUUCAGAAUUUUGCAACAGUCGUGAAAAUCCUUCUCCGGAAAACAUUAUACUGAGAAAACCUAUGGACACUAGUCCCCCAACCAAAUUUGAGAAAAGAGACUCAGCUGUAUCUGUAGACUCAUUAGCAACAUCCUCAUCUGUACAUAGCCACAUUGAUCAUGUUGAUGAUGACAAGGAACUAUUCAUAACCUACUCAGAUCUUGUGGAACAAGAUAAGAUUCAGGAAAGCAAGAAAUUGGAAGAAGAUAAGGAUAACGUAGAGAAUAUUUUAGAAAAGGAUCCAGAACUACAAAGCAUAUCUGUGUUCACGAGUGUGUUAUUUAAAGGUUCAAAAGAUUCUGAAGGAAUACCUUUUAUGGAAGAAGGCCAACCGCCAAGCCCAAGGAAGGAGACCUUGAAACCAAAGCCAACCUUUACACAGCCCUCUGGGCCCGAUGAAAUUUAUGAUUGGAAUGAUGACUUAUCAACAAUUUCCCAGUCUAGUUUCUCGCCAUCUAGAUCUCCCGUACCUAAGCUACAUAAUAGAUCGAUUUUGAAUUAUUUAGAAAACCAAAAAGAGCGGUCUGAUAAAAAGAGAAUUAAGCUCGCCGAAGAAAAGACGCACAAAUCUUCUCGUUCUCGAUCGAGAAGCCCAAAAGCAGUAAAAUCUAAAUUAAAAAAGAAAAAAAGAAAGCAUUAUUCGUCCGUAUCAAUGUCACCUUCACCACCUCCCCUGAAAGUGAGAUCUCCGGACGGUUACAAAAAGAGGACAUCGCCGCCAGCAUACCUGAAGGAACGAUGGAAAGACUAUCCUUCUCCCCAUGAACGUAAGAGAGAACACUAUGAACGACCAUCAAGAAGUCGUCGGCGAUCUCGAUCACGUACGCGGACAAGGAUCCCGACCCACCACCGCAGCCGGUCGUCCAGCGAGGAGCGCCACUAUCGCCGUCAUCGCUCGCCCAGCCCCACCAUGGUGCAGAUCUCUGUGGCGGAGAAGCGCCGCAAGCUCAAGGAAGAGCACGAGAGAGCCUUGGCCUUGCUGAGGGUCAGCAACACCAAGCCGCAACCGACAACACCUUUAUCCAUCACCUUCACAUCGAAUGGUGACAACUAUGAAACUGUCCGAGACAACUAUGAUCCUGUCGUUAUGAAUGAGGGCAGUUCGUCACCGAGUGUGCCAGAUGUGCCAGUUGACACGUCCACACCUGCACUGCCCCCGCUGCCUCCAGGUCUGCCUCCAGAGCCGCCUCCAGUGCCACCCCCACCAACUGCCAGCGACUCUACAGUCGUCACCACUUACACUUCCUUUGUUCCUCUUCCCAACACCACUCUGAUGCCUCCUCAGCACCAUCCUAAUGAUAUGGUUGUUCCUAUGGGUUAUCCUGACGUUCAUCAGAUUGGUCCUGCGUUUAAUAACUGGAUGCCGAUGGGGGAUAUGGGGUCAAAUGUGCAGCACCAUAUGUAUACACAGCCACAAAUGAUGAGUAACUAUGAUCAGUACAGUGCUCCCCAUCAACAGGCCUUUCCGUUCUUGAAUCAACCGCCACCACCUUUGCCAUAUCAGAUGCAAAUGCCUCCUCCAUGCCAUCAACAUUACCGGAUGCCUAAUCAAGGCCACUUGUCAAACAUCAAUUUAAUAAGUGUCCAUCAAGAAAUUAAAAAUGUAAACUCAAAACCUGUGGUCAUAACUCAAUUGCCUGACAGUCCAGACAAUGAUUUUCCUAAAAGUCUGCACAAUGUACAUCCGAUUGAGUCCAGCAAGAAAUGUAAACACAAUCCACUGGGACAAAACAACCAAACUGUACAAGAAGCGAUAAACAGUGUUAAAAAGUGCCUAAAAACCUGUGAUGGAAUGAAAAACAAAGACCCAAGACUUGCUCCGGUGGAAAUCAGAAGCAGAUCACCAGAAAAAAUUGAAUCUUCAUCAUCUAAUAGUGGCAGUGUUAGCCAAUAUGAUGAUAGAAAGGUGAAAAUCAAACUCAACUACAAGCCUAGACCAGUCACAGCUGUUGAUCAGGCUAAUAGUUUGGAACCAGAGUUUGAUGUGGAGUCAAAAUCUAUGAAUACUGCAGAAUCAAAUGAAACUGUUAAAACAGACAAAUACAUAGAGAAAAACUGUAAAAUAGAAGGUAUUGUUUCCAAGCUUAAAGAUACUAUUAGUACAAGUUCGGGUAAUGUAGAAAAGAAUGACGUCUCAAUGCAAUCACCAAACAAUGGGAGAGCUAAGGUAGGAGAUGAGCCUUACGAUCCUUGUAACAACAGUGAUGAAAAUACUGAAGAAUGUGUUAUAAAAGAAACAUCACAAAUAAGUAUAUCAGAAACCAUCAUUAACAAAAAAGUACAGAGUAAUGUAACAACAAACUCAAAACCUAAAUUGUCAGAGUCUCAAGUAAAACAAAUUAAUGCUCAAGUUGACAAAUCUUUUGCAUUUGUUUUGUCACAUUCAAUUGGAAGGAAGCGUCUUACACCAACUUUGGAAAGUAUUAAUGCAAAGAAAACAGAACAUCAGAACAGGUGUAAUCUUGAUUCUAAACCAUCUAAUCAGACUACAACGCUUCAAUUGAAGCAAAAAGAUAAGGACACUAUAUCUGUAAAAAGUACUGAAUUAAGUGACAGUUUGGUGAACGUCCAGAAAGAUAGUGAAAAUGAAUCCUUAUUCAGUAAACCUCAUGAGCCAAUAACAAAAAAGAAAUCGGAAGAGCAGCUCUCUUUAUACAAACCUCGUCAGGUGAUUCAGAAAUCUGAUUUGAGUAUUUUUCAACAUGCAUUUAAAACUGUUCAUAAUAAAGAAGGAGAAGUUAAUUCAGAAAAACUAGGCAAAGAUAAUGUUCCAGACUUAAAUGUAAACAAUUUACAUAAUAAAACAGAAGUUCUAUCAAAGGAUUUUGGAAGAGAGAGUAGAAAAAAGAACAAUGAUAAACGAAUAAGUGAAGUAGAACAAGUCGCUGAUUCUGAACAGAAAGCUACAAACACUCUUAAGCAUUGCCUUCCUGGUUCCGAGGGUAACUCAGUAAUUCCUCAGUUAUCUAACACUAUAGAUGAACUACAAAAACUAGAACAGGAGUCAGAUGUAAACGUUCUUACAGAUGUAAAAACAUGUUUAUCUGAUGAGAAAGAUAAAGAUACCACUGACUCGGCUAAGAAUAAAGUUGCUACAUAUUCUGACAAAAACCAGGAAAUAGACACUGCAAAUAAAAAUUCGGCAAUAGUUGUGGCCAGUCCUCAUUUGGAGAAAAACCAACAAAACAAAUCAUCUACACUGAAAGACAAUUCAGAAGUUGGUAUAGGUGAUAGUAAAAAUCAGGUUAAAGCUUCAUCAUUUUCUCUACAAAUUCAACAGGAAGUAAACCCUCCCAAAUGUGAUGUUGAAAAAGAGCAACCCUUAUCUGAUGUGAAGAGUAGUUUAACCACUGAGAGAAGAAUACCUGUUCUAUCAAUCCCAACAAAAGGAGAGUUAAAACGGUUUCCUACCCCUGAAAGAACUGAUCCAAAAAUAUCCAAAUCAUUAAUUCAAGAAAAACACAGUGAUAAGUCCAAAUCUGUAGAAGUCAAAGUUUCAAUGACAAAAAAUAACACAGAUAGAAAUGGUGUUAAGGUCAAUUCUAAAGAAAAAGUCAUGGAAUCUGAGUUUUCAAAAAAUGUUGUCGAGUCUAUUCUUCAUGAUUUUGAGGACAGUAAUUCUACUGGAUCAGAUUGUCAAGGUAGUGGGAAUGAUAAACAUAAGCACUCUAAGAAGAAGACGAGACACUCAUCCCACUCAAGCAGUUCUGAUAUCUCACGAGAAACAGUAGAUAACAUAAAUAUAGCUGAUAUGGUACAUAUUACACCACCAAUUAAAUCUUCUGUUGACGAUAAUUCGAAGAUAAAUACAGAUGAAAUGAAAACAGACAUUAGUGAAACUAAGUCAUUGAAGUACAAUGAUGGUAUUAAUAGAAAACCCAAGCUGCAUUUAGAAGACACUAGCUGCACUUUUGAAACUUCACAUGACAGUAAAGAAGCAAAUAAUUCAUCAAGUACAAGUGACAAUAAGGAAUGGCCCACUGAAGUUUCUGAAAAUAAUGAAAACAUGGAUUCUGAGAAAAUGAAAGACAAUGUAAAUUCAAUAUCAAAAAUAGUCACACACGGCAAAGAAUUUGUUAUUGACAAGGAAGAUCAUUUCACACAUUGUAGGAGAAGUAAACGUAAAUCUAAGAAUGACAAGUUAUCAAUAAUUACUCAAUUACCCAAUGAUAUGAAGGAAAAAGAAAAUGAAUUUUCCACAGAUGGUGAAGAAAAUUCCAUUAAAAUAGUGAAGACCGUAACAGAUUCAAAUGUAAAUUUAGAAACACUUCCAAAAACUAUAUUCAAUGAAAAUUUGGAUAAUAGUCCAGUAAUUACUGGAAAAGAAACAUCAAAUGAACAGCCUGUUGUUGAAUCUCCUAUAAAACAUCCCAAAUUUAUCAAAAUGUACCAAACCUUGUCCCCUAUCUAAGAAAAGUGGUUCUUUCAUUGAGAAUAACCUGCCUACCACCUUUGUUCUUUCAACUGAUGGAUAUUUGAUAAAGAAAGGCUUUAAGAAACUUCAAGUGAGCGUGAAAAGGUUGUCAUCGUCACAAGGUGUAAUAAAGAAGGCAGCAGAUACGAGUUCAUCUCUUUCUGAAAAACCAAGUUCUUCUGAAGAAUAUGAUAAUUUUGCAAAUGUAUCCAAACAUAAUUGUAAAGUAAGUUUAGACAUAAGCGAUUCACUUGUUAAACCUCAAGAUAGUUUUUCAAAACAAAGCACAAUCUCAGAUAAACAUACUUCCAAAAAACUUAAGGUUCAUAUGACCAAAUUGAAUUCGAGCUCCCCAAAUGAAGAAUUGUCUAAUAUUAGCCCAGAGAAAAUGCAAACUUGUGAAGAAACUGUUCCUAAUUUAAAGGCAGAUAUUGUAGCCGAUGUAUUGAUACACACUGAACAGAAUGAGCAGGAAUUGAAGGAGAAAGUUAAAUCUAAAAAGGAUUUAAUUCAUGAACAUGAAGAUACCAUUACUAAACCAAAAUUAAGGAAGAGAGUUACAUUUGACAUGAAUGUUAGUGAAAUAAAGCCUAACUCUUAUGAAUUAUGUUCUGAUGUUUGUGAAAAAAAUCAUAGCCAAAAUGAGAUUCCUGAUCAAGUUGAAAAAAUAAUUGGUAUUAAUGAAACUCCCUAUGCUAUCGAUCUUAUAGAAUCAACUGAAAGUGAAAUUACAGAAAAUUCAUUAACAUUGGAAGAAGAUACAUCCAUAGAGAAUCAUGACCAGAAGAAAAGUGAAACUCUAAAUUCAAAAUUAUUGAGAGAAAAUUCUUCAAAUAAUACUUUUUUAUAUUAUAAGGGUAUAAUAGAAACAUUGAAUUCCUUCCAAUCCUUGCCCUUGUCUAAUGUUCAGAAAAAAAAAUCAUUGUCGCUAACUAUUCCUAAAGCUGAAGAAAUGCCAGAGGCAAAAAUUCUAGAUUCUCCCAAGAAAACAUUAAAGAACAAGAAAAAGUUUGAUACACAUGAACUUCAAGAUGAUACCAUCAGUGCGGAUCAAAAUGAGAAAGCAGAUGUUAGUUCUGAAAAGUUUGAUAAAAAUGAAUCUACUUCAAAACCAUUAUCUAGUAAUAAGGCCAUAACUGAAUUAGAUAAUAACAGAUACAAAAAAUUAAAAAAUAAUAAUAGUAGAUCAGAGCAAAAUGAAAGUGAUAAUGAUGAUUCUGUUAUACUAGACAAAGAAUUAUCGGAUUUAGCAAAAGGUUGUUUGGAUUCCGAUAGCACUGUUGGUGGAGAUGAUGAUAGUGUCCUUAAUUUUAACAUUGCAGCAUCAGAUGAUAGCACAUCAGAUGUUAAUUUUGAUCUUAAUAAGGAAAAAAUGUCAACUUCAAAACUAUCUGUAAAUCAACAAAGUAAACUUUCUUCUCCACAAAAUAUCAAAAAAAGGUUCUCCAAAAAGAUUAAGUCUCUUGUAAAGAAUGCAGAUACUAUUAACGAUUUAGAUCAACUGAAAUCCUCAAAAGGUGUAAGCAAAGUUUCUCCCCAAUCAGAGAGUGAUUUUCCUAUAACAAUGGCAGAAGAAGAUGAUGAAAUUGUAAACAGAACAAAUGAUGAUAUGGUAAUCUCUAACAGUGAAGAGCCAAACACACAUAUUAUUCAUGUUAAUGCCUCAGAUACUAGUAAGCCAAUUUCAGAUGUAAAUAUCACUGAAGAUUCAAAAACUGAACAUGUUGAAAAGCAUUUUAAAAACAGUAAAGUUCAUAAAAAGAGAAGAAAAAGACUUGCUAAAAAAUCAAAAAUUAAUUCAAGGGCUAUUUCUUUUGUGGAAAAGAGUGGUGAGCAUGAACUUAUUCAGAGCACUAAAUGUUUACCAUUCUUUGAAAUAGAAACAGACGAAACCUGCCAUGAAGUAAAGGACAAUCAGGAUUCAAAUAAGGACUCUAUUAUUGAAGAAAACUUGAAAAAAGUAUCAAAUACAAUUGUUGGUACUGUUGAAGUAUUGGGAAAAAAUGAAAUAUCUAGUGAUAAUGUUUUAGAACAACAACUAGUACAAGAAGAAAUACACAAUAAUUUAGAAGAUUUAAAACCAAAUAAUGUUUCUCCAUUGCGGAAAAUACGGAAGACAAAAAGUAAUAUGAAAUGUAUUUUAUCUGAUUAUAAUAGUUGUGAGAGUGGGAAUAAAAUUACAAAUUGUAUCAGUAGUAAUGUAAAACAAGAUUUAGAGCUUAAUAAGUGUCCUCUAAGACAGAGAAGAACUGUAAAACAUACAGAGGAAGACUUUUCUCAUAAAAUGAACCAUAACACAGAACAUAAUUUAAAGGUUACAGAAGAAAUAAAAUUACCCGAAUCAAGAUUGAGAAGAACACGUACAGUGAAAGCUACAGAAAAAAAUUUAUCAAGUAGCUAUGAGGUGAUUGAGAAGGAUGAAUUGAAGAGUAGAAUAUCAGAAAAUAAAGUUGAAAUUGGUGCUGAAAGUGAAAUAUUUUGCAAUUAUGAGACUGAAGAAAUAAAUCUGUCUGUAAAAGUUAACCAACCAGAUCCUAUAGUAUCAGACGUAAGCCUUUCCUCAUUAGCAAAAAGAACACGCAAGGGAAAAAAAGUUAACUAUGGAAUUUCUUCUGAUAUAAAUGUUGAAACAGCUACUGAGGUAUUGAAAGAAAAUGAUGUUAAAGACAAAUCGGACAUAGAAAGUAGUAAAGAAGAACAUUCUGAGAAGGACAUAUCUUCAAAAUGUAAUUUCAAACCUAAUUCAAAAAGGCAAAUUUCUAACGAAUGCAUUUUAGGUGAAGAUAUAAAAGAAUCAUUGCAAGGAAAGAAAAUUUGUGUGCAAAAGCAGGAGACAGAAACAUUAAAAAGCUUGACAUCUUAUGAAGCUGUAUCUAAUCUAAAGGAUGUCCAAAAAACCAAAAAUGAUCCUGAAAAGAAAAUGACUAUGCAUCAAGAUCAGACUAAGCAAUUUGGAACACCUGAUAGUCCUGAACAAAAAGUCGAAGCAAUAAACCAAGAAAAAAUUUGUGAAAUGACACUAAAUGAUAAACUCAAUAACUUUGAAGAAUGUCAAGAUAAAAUUAAACUCAAAACAAAUUUUAUAAAGUCUGAUUUAAUGAUUAAAGAAGAUAAGACUGACACUAAAGAACAACUAGUAGUAUCUAGAUCAAUGUCUACUGAUAGCACUGACGAACCGCUCAUAUUUGUGAAGCAAAAAUUAUUAUCAGACAAAUUUGAGGAGGAAAAACCUCUCCAAGAAGAAAAAAAGUGUGAAGAAUGUGAGGAAAAGAAAACCCUUUGUAAAUUAAAUGAGGUACAAAAUAUAAAUAUUCAAGGCAUUGUUAAAACCUGUGUAUCUGAUACUCCUAACAGGACAGGAAACUCUAAUGACCAGAAAAGCAAUAGUUGUAAUGAAGAAAAAACACUAAGAAAUACAGAUAAUGACAAAAAGCAGUCCAAUUCUAGAGUAAAUAACUUUUCUAGUGGAAAUUCUAAUACCAAAUCUUGUAACAAUGCAAACGAUGUAUCUAGUUCAGAUAUACUACCUGAAAAAAGCCUUCCAAGUUCACCACAAGCUACAGAAGAUGCUACUAGUAUUAAUAAAGAUUUGUACCAAACUGCUCUGGAUGUUUACUCUUCAUUUUCUAAUUCCACAAUCAAUAUUAAGUCCAAGGAUGCUCUCAGGAAGAAAAGAGAUAAAGCCGAAGUUGAUGCUGAGAUCAAGAGAAGGUUAGCUGAAAUAGAUGAACUCGAAAAAUUAGCUAGAAAUCAGCAUGCCAAUUUAGUGGAUAAAAUUGGAACUAGGACUCGAAGCAAGGCAGCAAAUCAAAACAAAUCCACAACUGAUGAUGUUGUGAGUAUCUCUAGUGAUGAGUCUAAUAACUCACUAGAGGAUACAUCCAGUAUUAUUUGUCAAAAAUCCAUUGAAAUAAAGAAAUCUGAAGAUGUUGUAAAUGAAGAACCAACUACCACUCAUGUAGUUGAAACAGAAAAAGUACAACUUGAAGAAAAUAAAUCAAAAGACGACUUUCUAAAAAUUAAUUUGUGUGAAGAUAAUUUAUCCACUAUAGAUGUAUCUACUGAUACAACAAAAAAAGUCAAGAAUAAGAAGUCAAAUGAAAUCUUUUCAGCACUCAAAUCACAGGAGGCCUCUUCAGAAAGUCCUAGCAUGCAGUCAAAUGAAAAUGUUGAAACAGAUGAUCAUAGUGUUCCAGAGACACUUCAGACAAAGAAUAAUAAACCAACAAAUGAAAUACUUGCAAAAGCUACUAUUAAUGGUGAAAAUGUUACAUCAUUAAUAACUAUUCAAAAUAGUGGACAAGAUGAUGAAAAUAAACCUCUCUCUGAUAUUAUUGAGGAAGAAAAGAAUUCUUCUCCAUUGGUUGAACAAAAAUCUAAACGGGCCAGGAGAAAUGUUGUGUCUAUAUAUCAGUUUAGAGGAAGUGAUGAUGAAACAAACUCUAAGAAUAUAACUCAAGCCAAGUUUAACUCUAACUGUUUUUCUAAGAAUAGACAUGCAAUAGCAAAGGAUAAAAAUAAACCUAUAACUUCACCAGAGAUUUUAAAAUGCAAGCAUCCAUUUCAAGAGGUUACUGUUAGGAAAACUAGAAAUAAGACUUCAAUAAACAAGAUUUUACCUAAUAAGAUUGUUGAUUAUAGCAUAGAAUCUGGAAAGAAAGACAACCAUUGUGAUAAACUAUCCGAACCAGCAUCAGAACCUGAAUCAGUCAGAAGUAAUUCUACAAAUGAAAUUCCUGAACCAGACUCUAGCACACCCGGAUUGAAUACUACAACAACAUUAAUUAGUUCAAAACUGUCACCAGUUGAUAUCCAAGAAACUUCAGUUACUAGAAUUGAAAAUGAAUCGGAUGUACACAAUUUUAUAGAGUCGGAUCUUAAUAGUAUUAAUGAAAAACAAGAUGUAGAAUCUACACCCAAAGAGGUUUUUAGACAGCCUUACAGAAAAUCAUUGAUACAUAGAAGGAGGAAGAGAAGAAAACCAAUAUUUGGAAGGCAUGUUAGUAUUCAGAAAAAACUGGUACCUCAGGAAAGUGAACCUAAUGUUAUGAAUGAGAGCAGUGACAUUGUCAGUACACAAAGUGAGGAAGCUGUAUCAUCCUCUAAUAGUUCAAUUCAAUUAAUAUCUGCAAAAACAAAAACAAGGAGACGAAGAAAAACUGUUAUGGAUCUUUUGAUGGAAGAUUCAAUGCUCUCGGUUACUAGAGAUUUUCCAAUGUCUCCAAAUCCGUAUAUUUUGCCAACAUUUUAUAGAGACAUUGAUUUGUCAAGUCAUAGUAAUAAAACUGUUCCUUGUAAUGAUUCUUCUGUUUCUGAGCAUAACUCAAAAGAGUCAAUACAAAACCACGAAUUGAUCCCCAAACCAGAUAUCAUUGCACAAAAAUUAAGGCUGUUAGAAAAACUAAAAAGUAUCAGCAGAAAGAGCAGAAAAACUAGACAGUGCAGGACAUUGGUUUGUUACAAUGAAGAUUCCUUACCAGAAAGUCUCGUGGAAUCUCCAGUGGGUGAAACAAAUCCUAACACUACUGAUGUAGGAAUAUUAUCUCAAGAAUUAGUUGUAACACCAAAUGACAACAUGAAUGAAAAUGAGUCAAAUAAUACUUCAUCUUCAUCAGAAAAAAUAGAUUUGUUAACAGAAGACCAAAUAAAUCUUACUCAUGGCAGUAUAGUUACAUCACCCGAAUUAAGGAAAAGGGUGAGAAAAACUAUUUGUAAAGCUCAUCUUAAAAAGUCAAGAAAAUCUAGGUUUGUUAACAACUUAAAAGAGAAUAGAGAAGAAAACCAAAAGGAAACUUCUACUAUUUUUGAAGAAAAAUCUGACACUUUAAAAGAAAACCCAGUUGAAAACAAGAAUAACUUCCCAGAAGUUCAAAAAAAUAUUCAUUUGGUAGAAAUUAAUAAUAGCUUGUUAUCUAUUAGCAAAAGUAACAUAAGUGAAGAGCCUUCAGAUUUUGAUAAACUUCUACAAAAUAAACCAAAUGAGACUAAAACAGAACUUUAUAGUUUUGAGCAAUCUUUCUCUCAAGACAAUUUUGAUGAGAAAUCUGAUGAUGGUUCAGACAACUACCACAGUGCUUGCCCUUCACCAUUGCCAUCUGAUAGUGAAGAUGAUGAAAAUACCGUGUCAGAGGCACUUGUUAAGGAGCCUCCUUCAAGCACUAGUAUUCUCAGUAUGAAGCCGUUAUCUCAAAUACAUACAGAUAAAAUAUUGUGUAGCAUUCUUAAAGCGAAGGUUGGGAAAAUGUUACCAUACUUUGGUGAUACUUCAACAGAUGAAGAAGAUCUUGAUGAAGAUACUCCUCUCUCCGUAAAGCUUUCUAAAUGUAGUGAAAUAGUUAACUUAUUGCCAAUUGAUGAAAAGAAAAAUAAAUCAAGCUUCGACGGUAAAGGAAUAUUAAAUCACCAAGCAGGUCAUUUUCCAACAACAAAAAAGAAAAUGUUUAAAUCAGAAGAACCUGCUUUUCAACAUAGUCUACGAAAAUCUGAAAGAAAGAUCACAAGAAGUAGUGCUAUUGAUUCAUCUAAUGAGGACAACAAUAUCAAAACAAUGAAUAAAGAAGAAGAAGAUAAUGGCUUGUUACCCUUGAGCGCUACAUCUCCUGCUUUACUCAGAAAAAGUACUCGAAAAUCAAGAAUUGUUAAUUUUUCAUGUCAUGAGAAACAUGAUAUUCAAAAUAGCAAUGAUCUUAUAACUGAAACAAAAAGCGAACUAAGUAAUGAUGUAACUAAUUGCAAUAAUGAACCAAAUUUAGACAUACCAGAAAAAAUAACAAUAUCUAAAAGAAGAGGAAGACCUCCCAAGGCAAAGCGAACAAAAACUGUACAUAAUGUUGAAGAAAAAUUUGAAGAAUUAAAUACUGAAAAUACUGAGAAAUCCUUAAAUGAUCAAGAUCAUUUGGUUCAUUUAGGAAAUAAUGAAAUAUGUGGUACUGAAAUUAUUGAAAAUAUACACAUUAUUAGAAAGAAAGGAAGGAAACCAAGAGCACAUAAUAUAGAUUUAAUAAAAAAAUCAUCUAACAGUUGUGAUGAAAUUAAAAUUGAUGAGGAUAAUUUGGAUGCCUCAUCAGACACAUUCAAAGUAAAUCAAGACUCAACUAGAUUGGAAUUAAGUGAUUUGGACUCAGCCAUUCAGAAAAGUAUUAGUCUCAGACGAACAAGAUCAAGACGUACAAAAUUGAGUGAAGACCCGCAAAAAAGUGGUCAAGAUCUGAUGAAUGAUAACUUACAACAUGAAGAGGACAUAAACAAAGAAGAGAGCUUGGAGUUGUCUCUGACCGAGGAAACAAAUAAUCUAUCUCCGGAUAAAGAGUUUGAUACAAAGAGAAGAGGCCGAAAGAGUAAAUCAUUACUAUCCAAUAACAAUGUGCACUUGCUGGUAAAUGAUAAUUCUUUUGGUGAUGAGGGCUCAAAUGAUAAUUGCGUACAAAUUCCACCUACUGCAAAGAACCAUGAACUAGCCAUAGAAACCACUUACAAUGAAUUACCUCCUGCUUUGGUAAAAACAAGAGCUAGAAGACUUAGAAUUCAGACACCAGUUAAUGUGUAUUUAGAACCACCAAAUUUAGAAAUUCCUUACACAUCCUCAGCUAAAGACAAACCUAGUGAAGUUGAGGUAGACAUUGACUCGACUUUGGUCAACAGUAGUAGUAACGUAAUUUUGUCAAAUAAGAGACAAAAAAGAAAACUAAGAAAAGUGCUUGAUCCUAAUAUACAAUUGAAAGGAGAUACUGAACAUUUGUUUGUUUCUCCUGAAGAAGUUAGAAAUCCAUUAGAUGGGUCUGAAAAUAACGAAGAAGAAAAUAAAAUUAGUAGUUCAAAUGAAUCACAUUUUAAUAUUGAAGAAAGGAAAACACUACCUAAGAAGAGAGGAAGGAAAAUAAAAAAUAAAAUGAACUGUAAAAAAUCAUGUAUAGAACCUAAUUUUACAAGAACUGAAAAUUACAUGGAAUCUGAUUUAGAAAUUGAAAUAAAUAUUCCAGUAUUAAAAGAUGAUUUCUCAAAUGAUGAAAAUGUUAAGGAGAGUCCUUGUUUGGAACUGGAGAAUUCAUCAAAAUCAAUUUUAUUUGAAUCAGAAAUUCAUUCUGAAGGAUACGUUGGAGCUUUAAAUAAAAAUGAUUCAGAAGUAAGUGAAAACACUAAUGCUUUAGCAAGAGAAUCUACAAAACGAACAAGGAAUUUGACAGAAAAUGCUUUGGUGAUAGAGUCAAGUAGCAGUGUUCAAACUGCAGUGUCAGAGGAUGAAGAAGAAAGAGAAGGUGAUGAAAAUGUAACCAAAAAAAGAAAAAUAAAUGAUGUUCAACCAGUUCAAAGGACAGUUUCAGAUGAAAUUAACAAUAAACCAUCUUCAACCAACUACCAUGAACCUUCUUCAGAUACAAGUGUCAACCAAGCAUUCCUGUGGAAUAAGAUAAGUGGUUUCCUCAACAAAACAACAAGGUCAGUUGGAACGCAGGUAAAAGUCAAGAAUAUGGCUUUAAAAGGGUUUGAUACUUCUGAACCAGAAGUAAGUUUACAGAGUGAGUUGACAUUACCUCAAGUCAUCAAAACUUUAUUUGAAGAAUUAAAAUGUAUAGACAGCAGCUUUUUAAAUCCGUAAGAUAAUGACACUUUUAAUAUUUAAACCCACAGGUAUACCUUUAUUCUAAUAAACAUUGGAUAAAAUAAUUACUUUUAAAUUAUUUAAUAGUUCAUUUUUACGGAGAAUAAUAAACUUUUCCUUUCUUAAAACAAAUUAUUUUCAAAAAGUUAUCUGUUCAUAUAUUGAAAUAAUACCACUGGUUACAAGAAUUCAGGCUGUGAAAAACUUAGUAUUACUCUUCAUUUUAGCUGUUUAGGUAUAUUUUUAAAGUUGAUAAAGCUUACGUACAAAACACAUGUAAAUAUAUAAAUAAAAUAGACCAAGUGCCUUUACAUGUAAAUGGACAGAAUUACUAUGUGUAGUUGCUAUGUAAGAUAUACAUUGUAUAUGUGUAAGUAAUGUAUAUAUUUCUUCUGUUAGGAUCUGAGUUAGUCGUAUCUAAGUUUAUGUACUUAUUGUUAUCAUUUAAAAUCUCAAUAUGUAAAAUCUAUGAAAAUAUUAUAUUUUGCUGUUAUUAUAUUGGAUGAUAUUAUUCAGCCAAAUAAUGUCCAUUAUAUUCUAUCUAAGUAAUACAUAAUUGAAGAGUUUAGUAUUAUAAUGUCUUUAAUUUGGUACAAUAAAAUUUAAUUAGAAAUAUUACAUUUAUGUAUUAUCUCAAACUCAAGCCUCAAUUUUUAUUUCUCAAAUUGCUGCCAUGGAAAUGAAGUAUUUAACAACUACUUUAAGGAGGUAUUUGUUUUGGUAGGGAGUUUUUUUUUUUAGGAAAAUUAUGUUUAGUUAGGACUUGAAAGAGUUUGCCUUUUAUUCUUGUAUCAUAUUCCCGUUGGAUGUAUUGAAAGUCUGGCUUAUUUACUUUAAACUUAAAGUAAGUCAAUGGUUUUAUAUAGCUGUUAUAUUUUUACUAUAUCUGUUUUUAGGUCAUUACUUAGUAAUGUUUGUUUAGCACUAGUUUAUUUUAUCCUAAUUUCUCUUUCAAAAUAAUCAUUUUUUAUUUAAAACUUUUACGUUAGCAGGAAAAUGUUCAAUGUAACAACGGCUUAACCACAUAAUAUAAAGGGUGGAUAGCCUAUUGUAAUAGUCUAUUUACCAUGUUUAACCAGAGUUCAAGUUAAAUGUUUUUUGACAAAAAAUAUAUAUCGUUUACCUUUCAAAUGCUCAAUACAGCACCCAUGAAAUUGACGUAUCUUUAUUUACCUAUUAUUGAAAGUGCGAUCAAGGUGAUCCCUUUCACUUUCUUUCUCUCACUAUUCUAUCUCCCAGUUUCCAUUGAUGAUACUGUAAACAAUCAAAGAUGUGUUUGUACCCAAGGUAUGUCUAUCAAGAGCUUGAACCUUGCACCUCCCCCCCUUAAAAACGACUUAUUUUCAUAAACCAUAUAUACCUUUACCAUGUUCAAAGAAAAAGGUCAUCCCUAUCAAAUGGAAUGGAUAAUAAAUUUUUUUUUUUUAUUUUAGUGAAUGAUGGAGUAAUACAACACAAAAAGUUGUAUUUGGAUUUUGUAGAUUUCUCUGCUUGUAACAUUUAAAUGACAAAUUCUUGAAUGUGUUUUAAGGAGAAACAAUGUAGAAUAUAACUUUAAGAGUUAUAAGAAUUGAACUUUUCUAUAAUUUUACUUGUUAGGUAACAUACUUAAGGUUUUUGUUUUAUAGCUUUAAAAAUUUAAUGGAUCUCAAGUACUUGAUUCAAACAUGUUUUGAUGUUUAAAGGUCAGUUUGGAGUACUUGACUAUGGCAGCAAUCUCACACAAUUGUGUGAAUUUUAUAAAAUAAUGUUUAAAAUAUACUUUUUUACUGAUAAA